CAAGCUAAUGGAACAGCGUUCCUUCCACCAAGUGCCACUGAUCGUUUUAAAUAAAUCAAACAUUCGCCACAAACGUGAUAAUUGUCGUAAACAACAAAUACUUUUAUUGCUAUUAUGUUGUUUAAACGGAUCAUUGAAGGAAAGUCGAUGUUGAAUACGGAUGCCAGGAUUAAGGCCCCGGAGAAAUGUGCUAAGAGAAACUCGGAAUGCGACGGCUGUUGGGAACAUUCCACCAUUCUGGAGGAAAUGAUGAAGAUGGUAUUGCUUGGCGUCGUGCUCUGGGCAGGAGUGACCUUUGGCAGCCAUGUUGCGCCUUAUCCGCUCAACUUGAUCGCCGGUAGUGAUAUCAUCCAUCCUCCGCCAAUGUAUGACUUUCCGUUCCCGAGCGCUGCAAACUUGAAAAAAUUGCCAGCUGUAACACCAGCUGAUACUAAUCAUUCGAUCAGCUUCAGCAAACUCUCAGUCGACAAGCUGGACAGGUUGGAAAACAACCUCAGAGAUUCGGGAAUUGUUGCGAAUCAAGGAUCAAUUGCCAGGGGCCUCGCGAUCCAGGGAUAUCCCUCCGACGACGCCAUGCACUAUGAUAAAUCUUCAUUAAUUGUAACGAAGGCGUCACAAGACUUGGUUUGGAGAAAGUGUAAAAGGUACGGGCUGCCGGAGGACGAGUGUGCGAGCUUCAUCAGUACAUUGAACCUGCGCGAGAGUGAAUAUGGCGCGGAGUGCGCGGCUCUAGAGCGGUUCACGUGUCGUACUACCAAAAUGUCCUCCAAGUACCGUACCUUUGACGGCAGUUGCAACAAUCCCGUUCGUUCAUCUUGGGGACAGGCGCUCACUGGGUACAAGAGAAUCCUUCAUCCGAGAUAUGCUGAUGGCAUUGAACAGCCUCGCCGAGCAAUGGGCCACGGACCUCUGCCUUCAGCUCGUGAAGUAAGCAACAAAUUGACCGACAACUUGGAUAAGCCUGACGCGACGAAAACCGUCGCUAUGGCUGUCUGGGGACAGUUUGUCCAUCAUGAUCUAGCUCAUACUCCUGUUCGGAAGACCAUUCACACGAAUCAAUUAAUUCGCUGCUGCGAUGACACAUCAAGAUGGGGGUUGUUGCCACGUCACCUGCAUCCGAGUUGUAUGCCCAUCUCUGUGCCUGCCGGGGAUCCUUUCUUUAAAGAUACCAAGACCUGUAUGGAAUACACGAGGUCCGUCACUACAUAUAGAGGAGACUGCACAUUUGGUGCUUCAGAACAGAUGAAUCAAGCUACCCACUUCCUUGACGGCUCCCACAUCUACGGAUCAAACAGUCGUGACGCUGCAGCCCUUCGUGAGAAGUCCGGUGGUCUCUUGAAAACGUCUAGAAUUGAAGAUGAAGAACUUCUUCCCCUAGUUGCUAAUCCUACGGAGAAAUGUCUAGUAAAUAGCAACUCUGCGGCCUGUUUCAAUGCUGGUGAUAUCCGCGUGAAUUCUCACCCCUGGUUAACAGCUCUACACACGCUUUUAGUGAAAGAGCACAACCGGGUAGCCCGAACUUUCGCUUCCCUCAACCCUACUUGGAAUUCGGAUAAGCUCUACCAUGAAGCUAGAAGGAUUGUCGUCGCUGAGUUGCAACACAUCACUUAUAAGGCUUGGUUGCAGGCUCUCACUGGAAAGUCAUUCGACGAUCUAAACGAUAGCUAUGACACCGGUUACAAUUCUGACGUGGACCCAACCAUUACCAACGGUUUUGCAACAGCUGCCUUCCACUUCGUCCAUAGCAUGCUCGAUCAAGACAUUGAGUUAUUGGACAUUAAUAAGAAUAUGACUUCUUUACGUUUGAACCAACAUUAUUACAAGCCGGAAUUAGUAGCACAGAAAACGGGGCUAGAGAAGUUGCUUCGAGGAAUGGUGAAUCAGAAGAGUCAGGGGCUGGAUCUUAGUUAUGAUGUCGAUCUUCGCGAGCAAUACCUAGGGGGCCUGGAUGUGCUCGCUCUUGACAUCCAGCGAGGUCGUGACCACGGCCUACCCGGCUAUACACAGUACCGUACGCUUUGUGGCCUGUCAUCCGUCACCACCUUCCAACAACUCGCAGAUGUCAUUCCUCAGGAGAUUGUAGACAAGCUGUCUCAGGUCUACCAGCACCCCAGUGAUAUCGAUCUAGUUGUCGGUUUGAUGGCGGAGUCGCCCCUUGCCGGCUCGCUGCUCGGACAUACUGCUACCUGCUUCUUUAAGGAACAACUCUCCCGUACGCGAGCUGGCGACCGCUAUUUCUACAGUCACGCGGAAGAAGCUGGUAGCUUUACUAAGCGUCAACUCGCUGAGAUCAAGCGCACCUCUCUCGCACGCCUGCUAUGCGAUAAUGCUGCUGUCGGCAGUGUGCAGCGAGAUGCCUUCCAACUACCUUCAGAUAGCAACCCGAUUGUCUCCUGUGACGAGAUCAAGAAAAUAAAUUUGGAGGCAUGGCAAGAUCCAGCUGAAAAACCAGACAUCUUGACCCGCACCAACAAAUGGAUUAAAGACCGUGUGUCGAAAACCGGCAACACCACUAAGUAGACUUGCUACUAAUAAUCGUAGUUUAAGCUACUUACAUAUUAAUACGUACGUAUUUGAUUUUCACGCUUGGUGCAAUAUAUUAGAAUUCGGGAAUGAUGUUGGGGACUUAGAUGUGGCCAUUAAAACAAACGUUGAAUAAAAUAGUAUUUAAUAAGUAAGUAAUUUUAAUGAAUUAAUUCCACUUUAUUAUGUUUUAAUAUCAAAUUCAUUGAAAUGCGGCUUUUACCAAUUUAAUGUUUCCUGAGUUUUUAGAUUAAAAAAAGCCUUUGUAUCACCAAAUAAAAAAAAAUGUCCGAAGUUGCACCCUAUCUAACUUAGAAUAGCCGGCGUGAUUUAGUAUUUCGGUUGUAUGUAGCAUCGUGUAUAUCUAAUUUUAUUGUAAAAACCACGUUCCUCAAGAAAGUUAUUUUUUACUACUUGAUGUCGUAUUUUAUAAUCAGGGCUGUAUUAGGGAUUAUAAUGUAACUUACAAGACCUCUUAGCAGGUGAUAUUUUAAUAAGAGGCCAUAGUCUUAU